AUGCAUUUCAUAACGAAAGCUCCAAUCCGAGGAAUUCUCGGUUUAAACAGAACACUUAUGGCAUCAAUUCCACGAUUUGGUGCAAGAACAAUCAUUAGUCCCCUCAGGCUCGGAAUUCGGAGUAGGUACUACUCGGAAGAGAUGAAAAGUAAGGAGUAUAUUCCGGAAGGUAAGAUAGUUACUGAUCCGGUUACAGGUGAGAAGAAGUUCGUUAAGCCAAUGACAAUCCACUCGAACCUACCGGAGGACCCACACAUCAAAGAGAGGAAGACGGGACGGAUUGCUUUUUCGAUAUUUGCGUUGUUCAUUUUGGUUGCAACUGCUAGUGUGUUCCAGUAUGAAAAAGUGUCAACACCGGUGAUGAAUGCCACGAUGUACUACUUACGGCGGUCUCAACUCGCCAGAUCGCACUUGGGUAACGAGAUUACGUACUCUGGGUGGUUUCCGUAUAUUAGUGGAGAGGUUAAUACUGUCAAGGGAGUUGUCAAUAUACACACUAAGGUUGAGGGUAAGAAGGGUAAGGCUGUGAUGUAUUUGAAGGCAGGAAGAGCCUCUAAGGACAAUGAUUUCCAUAUAGAUGUGUGGAAGCUUGUGCAGGAUGAUGGAGUCGUGUUGGAUCUUCUUCAUGAUGACGAUUCGAUUGUCCUUGAAAUUUAG